GGCCGGCGGGAGGCGGCUGCUUUGCAAGAAGCUUCACAUCUCACAUGAGCAAACAGCUAAAGGAAAGUGUGCAAUCUGCAGUCACUACAGGUGAAAAAGAAAACUGUCUGAUCAAAAAGCAAAGAUGCAGAGCACUUCAAAUUACCUCUGGCUGUUGUCUGACAUUCUAGGACAGGGAGCGACUGCAAAUGUUUUCCGGGGGCGACAGAAGAAAACUGGGGAUUUAUAUGCUGUCAAAGUAUUUAACAGUAUAAGUUUCCUUCGUCCUGUGGAUGUUCAGAUGCGAGAGUUUGAAGUAUUGAAGAAACUAAAUCACAAGAACAUUGUCAAAUUGUUUGCCAUUGAGGAAGAGACAACUACUAGACACAAAGUACUAGUUAUGGAAUUUUGUCCAUGUGGGAGUUUGUACACAGUUUUAGAGGAGCCGUCUAAUGCCUUUGGUUUGCCAGAGUCUGAGUUCUUAAUUGUUUUGAGAGAUGUGGUGGCUGGGAUGAAUCAUCUCCGUGAGAAUGGAAUAGUGCACCGUGACAUCAAGCCAGGCAAUAUAAUGCGUGUUAUAGGUGAAGAUGGGCAGUCUGUUUACAAACUUACAGAUUUUGGUGCAGCAAGAGAACUUGAAGAUGAUGAACAAUUUGUUUCUCUCUAUGGCACAGAAGAGUAUUUACAUCCUGAUAUGUAUGAGCGAGCAGUUUUGAGAAAAGAGCAUCAGAAAAAAUAUGGAGCAACAGUUGAUCUGUGGAGCAUAGGGGUGACCUUUUACCAUGCUGCAACAGGGAGUUUGCCUUUCCGACCUUUUGAAGGACCUCGUAGAAACAAGGAAGUGAUGUAUAAAAUAAUCACUGGAAAGCCUUCCGGUGCUAUUUCUGGAAUACAGAAAGCGGAAAAUGGACCUAUUGAGUGGAGUUGGGAGAUGCCUGUUUCUUGUAGCCUUUCAAAGGGUCUGCAAGUACUGCUCACACCUGUCCUUGCGAAUAUUCUUGAAGCAGACCAGGAAAAAUGCUGGGGAUUUGACCAGUUUUUUGCAGAGACGAGUGACAUACUGCACCGAGUAAUAAUCCACAUCUUUUCAUUACAGCAGAUGACCUUGCACAAAGUUUAUAUUCACAACUAUAAUACAGCUGCUAUAUUUCAUGAGUUGGUCUACAAACAGACAAAAAUACCAUCUCAGAAUCAAGAACUGAUAUAUGAAGGUCGGCGCUUAAUACUAGAGCCUGGCAGAUUGGCACAGCACUUCCCCAGAACAACAGAGGAGAAUCCUAUCUUUGUAGUAAGCAGGGAGGCUGUGAACAUUGUUGGAUUAAUCUAUGAAGAAGUUUUACUUCCUAAAGUACAUCAACGUUACGAUUUGGAUGGGGAUGCCAGUAUGGCUAAAGCAGUGACAGGUAUUGUAUGUUAUGCCUGUAGAGUUGCCAGUUCUUUGCUGCUUUACCAGGAGCUGAUGCGAAAAGGAAUUCGAUGGCUAAUUGAAAUAAUCAAGGAUGAUUACAAUGAAAUGGUUCAUAAAAAGGCAGAGAUUGUCAUCAGGCUGGAUUUCUGCAGCAGAAACAUUGAGAAAGCUGAGAAAAUAUACGAAAACUUGAUGCAGAUCAAUUUGGAAUCAUCAGAAGUGGAUGAAAUUUCAGAGAUACACACAAAACUCUUGCACCUCUCCAGCUCUCAGGGCACCAUAGAAACCAGUCUGCAAGAUAUCAAAACCAAACUUUCUCCUGGUGGUUUACUGGCUGACACCUGGGCAAAUCAGGAAGGCAUGCAUCCAAGAGACAGGAAUCCAGAAAGGCUGCAGGCACUGCUGUCUUCCAUCACAGACAUCUACUAUCAGUUCAAAAAAGAUAAAGCAGAACGAAGGCUUCCUUAUAAUGAAGAACAAAUACACAAGUUUGACAAGCAGAAGCUGUAUUUGCAUGCUACAAAAGCCAUAGCUCUUUUCAAAGAUGAAUGUGUCAGCAAGUAUGAUACAUUUUUGGACAAAGCUGAGGACUGGACAAGGAAAAUGCUUCUUACAAGGAAGCAAUUACUGGCUCUCACCAACCAAUGUUUUGGUAUUGAAGAAGAAGUGUCCAAAUACCAGGAUUAUAUAAAUGAGUUACAAGAUGCCCUGCCACAGAAAAUGUUUGCAGCUUCCAGUGGGAUGAAACAUACGAUGAAUACAGUCUAUCCAAGCUCAAACACAUUAGUAGAAAUGACUCUUGGGAUGAAGAAACUAAAGGAGGAAAUGGAAGGUGUUGUUAAGGAACUGGCUGAAAACAAUCACAUUUUGGAAAGAUUUGGUGCCUUGACUAUGGAUGGUGGCCUGCGGAACGUGGACUGUAUGUAGCUUCCAAAGGACCUGAAGAGGACUUGUAAAUUUUUUCAAAGGGAAAAAAUACCGUUGGGACAGUUAAAAGUAGAUCAUAAAUCCAGGAUUUUUUUUUUCCUUCAGCAACUGUAAUAUUAAAGAAAAUGUAAAUAUGUAUAAUAUGUAAAUACAAAAGAAAUAUAUAUCUUUUCUUGGUCACUUUGAGGAUAGAAUAACUUCUGGCAGGGAAUUGAGCCCCUUGGAGGAUCUCUGAGGAGUCCUAAAGGGAAAAGUAUUGUUGAUGAAACUGACAUUUGUCUGCUUUGAAUAUUGCCCUUUUUUUUCAGAAUGCAAUUUAGUCUUCAUUGCAAGAGGACUUGCAGUACUCCAAAACACCGUUGUAUAAAGGGUAUUUUGGAUUUCCUUCAACAACCACUAUUAAUGUAGGAGUCCAGUUGAAUGACUUUAAUCAUCACAGAACAUGAUGAAUGUUUUAAAUGAGAUGUUUUUAAAUGAGUGUGAAUAGGGACUAAGAGUGCAGAUAGGACAGCACAGAAAUGCAUUUCUCUUUCCUUCACAUUCAAGCUGUUAGCUCACUUUUACUUGAGAGAGCAAAUUCACAAUAUUUUUUAAAGUUCUCUAAAUAUUUGGUGCCAUGUUUUCUGUAAUUGUUUGACUGCUUAGUAUAUGGAAGUUUUGCACUCCAGCUUGUCAGAAUGAAUGUAAAAAUUCAUCUUUUGGAGUACAGCAUUUUCAGACUUUCCCUGAAAUCGUGUUGCUUACUACAACAGUGGGUACUUAAAACAGCUUCUUCUUAAUCUUAUUUGCAGGUAUAAUUUAUUUAAAAGGUUAAAAAUUUGGUAUUAGAAGAAUUUGUGGACAGUCAGUAGACUGGAUACUAUCACGCCUCAUUAGUAAUUGAAUUGUGGAAAAUAAGGUACCAGUCUAGAUCUUGAAAAGGGACCACUCCCACUGCUGCCUUACAACUGAGGUACCAAACUUUGAUGGAAAAUAUAGUAUUAUUUAUUUUCCAGAUGCAAAGAUGAAACAUUCUGCUCCAAAAUACAUAGGAGAAAGAGAACAUGAAAACAAAAAAUUCUGGAAACAUCCCUUUGUUUGGCUACUACAGGUGUACAUACUUGUUUCAGAUGAGCAUACAAAUAUUACAGAACUCAUUCCUUCCUUGUGGAAAUCUGGCCAUGGAUGUUCAGUGGUGUCCAAUUACACUUCUCAUUGCUGCAUUACACCUGUAAGAGCUGGACCAAAUAUAUAUUUAGAAUUUUCCAUAAUUACUGGUGGAGCAUUUAGGUGUAAGCUAAACAACAUCAACCAGUGAUAGCACCUGGUAGUUUUGUGAUGCUUAUUCCCUGCUUAUCUGUCCUGGUCAGAACACAAAACAUUUUCAUUUCCUUUUUAGAAAAUAUUUGGAGAGAAACUUAGGAAAUUUAUAAAUGAGUGUUUCAUUUUAAAAGAAAAGGAAAUUUGCUUGCCUUGAUGUCCAUGACCUGCAUUCCAGUGUUCUUGGUGAGAAUCAAAAAAGGGAAUUCAAACAUUUUUACACUCAUGUGAGCAGCUUCUGUCUUAUCACCAGAAAAACCUAGCUAUGCAAAAGGAGUGCAACCAUUUGUCACACAUCUUUCUUUGACUUUCUUAACAGUUUUUAAAUACUGGAAUUAUGUCUAACUGGAAUGUUUUAAUGCCUGCUUGUACAUUUGUUCAUUCACAUCCACAGUCUCACUGAGUAUCAGUAAAACACAUGAAUAAAUGUUAAAAGAAUUGGGCUCCUUAGAUGUGCAUAAACUAUAUUUUGUCUACAACAUUGUAAUACUUUGUUGUUUCUUAAUCUUGAAAAAAAUCAAAUGCUAGGUGGAAUAUAUAAUUUUCAACUUCCUUAUACUGAAGCAGUCUCAAAAGGAAAGUUAAUUGUAGUAAAAAUAUAGUCUGUAUGUUGAAAUAUGUGCCGCAUUCUUUUACAUGUUUGAAAUUUUUUUGUUAUAUUUUAUGUUUAUUUUAAACUUUGCUGGCUUUAGUCUUGCUGAAUACAUCAGUAAUCUUAAUCAUGUUAAAAUUUCUUUUUCUAAAGCAAUUUUAACAAAGCAGUAGCUAAGGAACUUGAAGUAAUCAGUUAAUAAUCUUCUGAUUACAUUAUUAUGAAGCAAAUAAUUUUUCAAGUCAAAGCAUAGUGUUGGUACCAUCAACUUUUUGCUCAAACUAAGAUGCUAUGAAUCUUGCUGUUCAUUUGCCAAAAUAAGUAAUAGAAAGUAAUAUAUGGUUCUUCUUCCUGAAGCUGGUUUACUGGUUUGGGGGGGCUGUAGGAAUCAGCUGAAUAUAUUAAUUAUCUGUUACUUGAACAAACCUGUCUUCAUAUGAAUUGUGGAAAUGCAUGAGUGAACAGCUUAAUGGCAUAAAUACAUCAACCACUUAUUGUACAGUGUGUACUUCUGCCUUUUCAUAAUUUAAUUUUCUGUUGAUUUCA